CGCCGGGGGCGGGCGGGGGCUUGUGGGACAGGUGUGUUUGGGGAUGUGUUUGCGUGCGUGGGAGGUCGUGUCUGUAGGUUGUGAGAGGAAAUUGUGGGUGUGGGGAAGGGGGCAUCCUCCCGUCACCACUGAUUACGCGCCUCCUGUGUGCGCGGCACCUGCUUGCCCCCUGGGGAAGUGGGGAGGUCCGUCCGGCCCUGGCACGCGUGCCCCAUCGCGGGGAGGAAAAUGGAGAGAGGGGCCGCGAUGUCGCGCGGCCUGGGGGCCCUUCCUGCGGCCCUUUAAGUGGAAGUCCCGUGUUUCCUUCCCAUUCAGCCCUGGACUUGUGACAUCAGGAUCGGAGAGAAGUGUCCAGGCUUUGGUGCGACGCUUUAUUUAUAUUAAGUUCGCCGCGGUCCACGCGUGUUCCUCAGUCCGCCAGAGGAUUCUUUUUAGUGCGGACAAGAAACUGCUCAUCUAGGAAAUAAUGCUCUUCCCCGCCAUCUGCUUUUUUAAGCUGAUGUCACCAGACAACUUGGACCGCUAAGAUUCUGUGCUUGCUUCUUGUCAUGCAGCUGAUUGGUAUCUUGAAGUGAUACGACCGUCAUGGCAUCUCUUGAUGAUCCUGGGGAAGUGAGGGAGGGCUUUCUUUGCCCUCUGUGCUUAAAGGAUCUACAGUCUUUUUAUCAGCUUCAGUCACAUUAUGAAGAAGAACACUCCAGUGAGGACAGGGAUGUCAAAGGACAGAUAAAAAGUCUGGUCCAGAGGGCUAAGAAAGCAAAAAAUAAGUUGUUGAAAAGAGAAGAUGAUCGGUCAGAGUCUGGAACACAAGGAUAUGAAUCUUUUAGCUAUGGAGGGGUAGAUCCAUACAUGUGGGAACCACAGGAACUCGGUGCUGUGAGAAGUCAUCUUUCUGACUUCAAAAAACAUCGAGCUGCCAGGAUUGACCACUAUGUUGUUGAAGUCAAUAAGUUAAUAAUCAGGUUGGAAAAGCUUACAGCCUUUGACAGAACAAAUACUGAGUCUGCUAAAGUAAGAGCAAUAGAAAAGUCGGUUGUACCAUGGGUCAAUGAUCAGGAUGUUCCUUUCUGCCCUGACUGUGGAAAUAAGUUCAGCAUUCGUAACCGCCGUCACCAUUGCCGCCUUUGUGGAUCAAUUAUGUGCAAGAAGUGUAUGGAACUGAUCAGCCUUCCCUUGGCAAGCAAACUCACCAGUGCCAGCAAAGAGGCCUCCUUGACUUCCCACAGCAGUCCCAACCAGUCACCUAAUAGCGUCCAUGGUUCGCGAAGGGGCAGCAUCAGUAGUGUGAGCAGUGUUAGCUCUGUGUUGGACGAGAAAGAUGAUGAGCGUAUCCGCUGCUGUGGACAUUGUAAAGAGGCCUUGCUUAAGAGAGAACAGCAGAUUGAUGAGAAGGAGCAUACUCCUGACAUUGUGAAACUCUAUGAGAAACUACGAAUUUGUAUGGAGAAAGUUGACCAGAAAGCUCCCGAGUAUAUUAAAAUGGCAGCAUCACUGAAUGCUGGGGAGACAACCUACAGUCUGGAACAUGCUAAUGACCUCCGAGUAGAAGUGCAGAAAGUGUAUGAAUUAAUAGAUGCUUUAAGUAAGAAGAUUUUAACACUAGGCUUGAACCAGGAGCCUCAGCCACAUCCCAGAGCUUUGCAACUCCAGAGAAUGAUAAGAUAUUCAGCUACGCUUUUUGUACAGGAAAAGUUACUUGGUUUGAUGUCACUGCCAACCAAAGAACAGUAUGAAGAAUUGAAAAAGAAAAGGAAGCAGGAAAUCGAAAGGAAACUGAUCAUGGAAAGACAGGCUGCUCUAGAACUACAGCGAAGAUCAGAAGAGAGACAGAAAGAAUUGGUUUCCCGAGGUGCAGUGAAUGGAGAAGAGACUUUUGUCCAUAAAGGUGCUGUGAGGAAAGCAGAGGGCUGGCUCCCUAUGUCCAGUGGGCCAGGCCACAGUGAGGAGUCAGACCCCCUCCUGCAGCAGAUCCACAACAUCACGUCUUUCAUUAAGCAGGCCAAGGCAGCUAACCGGAUUGAUGAAGUACGCAUGCUUCAGGAGAACCUGCGGCAGCUCCAGGAUGAGUAUGACCAGCAGCAGACAGAGAAAGCCAUUGAACUAUCUCGAAAGCAGGCAGAAGAGGAAGAUCUGCAAAGGGAGCAGCUGCAGGUUCUUCGGGAAAAAGAAUGGGAGAGGGAGCAGUCCCAGGUACUCUCUCAUCACUCACGGACUCAUUCUUUAGACUUCAAAGACAAGCUCUUUCAGCAGGAACCUGGGAUGGAACCUCAGAACCAGAUAGCACAUGUUUUGGACUUGGGUCCCUCUUUGGUCCGAAGUAAUAUGGCUCUUAAGAGCCCUUCUCUCAACUCAAUCCAGGAACCAAAUAAAGAGAAAUCUGUUUUUCCUGUGCUUAGUCAAGAGAUAGUGAAGCAGAAUACUGGGGUUUAUCAAAAUGAGGUAGCUUCCUUGAACCCCUUUGAAGAGGAAGAAAUCUCUAGUCCUGGAAAUGAAGACUUCACUAAUCCAUUUGCUGAAGAUGUUGCUCAUGGAAGUUCUUCACCUCAUUCAGCCGUCCCCAGUGUUAAAAAAGAAUAUAAUCCUUUUGAAGAUGAGGAAGAUGAACCCCCUGGAGAUGCAGAUGGCCCCAUUCUCAAUCCCUUUGAAGUGGAUGAUCUUCCUUAUCAAAAGCAUUCCAGCCCUCCCAAUCCUGGAAACCCAUUUGAGGAGCCAGUCUCCACCAAUCCCUUUGACAUAGAUGACAGUGAGACUGAGAGAGAAGAGCUCAUAGAGGAAGAGCUGCUUCUCCAGCAGAUUGACAAUAUCAAAGCGUAUAUUUUUGAUGCUAAGCAGUGUGGCCGCUUAGAUGAGGUGGAAGUGCUGACGGAGAACUUGAAAGAACUGAAGCGCACAUUGGUCAAGCAGAAGGAGAAAACUAACUGAUGGGAGCAGGCACAGGAAUACAACCUGUGCUGGAGGUGCUCACAAGAUGGUCUGAGAAUGGGAGCAAUGGCUGAUGAAGACUUCAAGUGGGGAUAAAAUAAGGUGGACAGAGUUAUGAAAGGGAAUCUGUAAUUUAUGCUAUGCACUUUUACUGAGGUGUUUCCACUAACUUAAUAAAAAGGGGUACAUGAACAGGUAAAUAAGCAUUCAAUUGCUGUUUUCCUGUUCUUGUUUUUUCCCCCUUAAGAAGGGAUUGAAAAUAGUCCCCCCAGAAUUGCUAUCUAAAUACUAUGCAGGUCUGGGGGCCAGAGUAGAACUAGCUGAUGUCACACGGGUCAGUUUUAUUACUUCUCUUUUAAUCAUUAUGCAGUAUUAUGGGGCAGCCUUAAAAACUGGCCUUCCACCAAACCAAGAGUAAAACUUGGUGAGCUAAGGCAGAGGUCUGUGAUCUCAAAGGGAAUAUGUCAUAUUAAAGCUCCAUCAUGUAGCUUACCAAAAACUCCCAGCUAUUUAAGAGCAGGCAAAAUUCCCUUGCACUGUGGCCUGCGUCCAACUUUGUAGUUGUUUAAUAGAAACAUGGACCCCGAUAUUAGAAACAGACAUUAGAUCUUUCAGCAAUUUUCU